CUGGCGGCGGCUCGGCGCUGCUCUGACACCCGGAUACCGCUCGGCGCGGCCCCCCGCCUCCCCGUACCCGGCCCGCCUCCUCCCACCCGUCCCAGCCGGCGCCGCUCGCCCCCUCCCCGGCCCCUGUUCCAGGCUCCCGCCGCGGGACGAGAAGGAGGGCUCCCCGCAGACAAUGGACGAGCACCCUGGAGCCGGAGGAGGCGGUGGGAUGGCGGCCGCGCCGAGGCCGCAGCAGCCCCCGCCGCAGAGCGGAGGCAACGUGAACCUGCAGCCGGGCGGGGGCUGCGCGGGGGCCGGAGCCGGCGGCGGAGGGCAGCAGCAGCCGCAGGGCCCCGCGGCCCCGGGCGGGCAGGAGGCGGCGGGCCCUGCCGAGCUGUCCCGGCCGCAGCACUACACCAUCCCGGGGAUCCUGCACUACAUCCAGCACGAGUGGGCUCGCUUCGAGAUGGAGCGGGCGCACUGGGAGGUGGAACGGGCCGAGCUGCAGGCUCGGAUAGCAUUUCUACAAGGGGAAAGAAAGGGUCAAGAAAACUUGAAGAAAGAUUUAGUGAGAAGAAUAAAAAUGUUAGAAUAUGCAUUAAAACAAGAAAGGGCAAAGUAUCAUAAAUUGAAGUAUGGCACAGAAUUGAACCAAGGUGACUUGAAAAUGCCAACUUUUGAAUCAGAAGAAACCAAAGAUACGGAGGUUCCUGCAGUACCUCAGAAUAGCCAACUGACCUGGAAGCAAGGCAGGCAGUUACUAAGACAGUAUCUUCAGGAAGUAGGUUAUACAGAUACGAUACUGGAUGUACGCUCCCAGCGGGUAAGGUCUUUGCUUGGGCUCUCCAAUUCAGAACCAAAUGGUUCAGUAGAGACAAAGAAUUUAGAACAGAUCCUCAAUGGGGGCGAAUCUCCUUCAUCAAAACAAAAGGGACAGGAAAUCAAAAGGAACUCUGGUGAUGUUCUUGAAACAUUUAACUUCUUAGAAAAUGCAGAUGAUAGUGAUGAAGAAGAAGAGAGUGACAUGAUAGAGGAUAUUGCAGAAGGAAAAGAGAAACAUCGGAUAAAUAAGAAACACAAAAUUGGUAAUGAAGGUUUAGCCGCUGACCUUACAGAUGAUCCCGAUACUGAAGAAGCCUUGAAAGAAUUUGAUUUUUUAGUGACAGCUGAAGAUGGUGAGGGAGCUGGAGAAGCCCGAAGUUCUGGAGAUGGAACAGAGUGGGACAAAGAUGACCUGUCCCCAACUGCUGAGGUUUGGGAUGUAGACCAGGGACUAAUAAGUAAACUGAAGGAACAGUACAAGAAGGAACGAAAGGGGAAGAAAGGGGUAAAGAGAGUCAACAGGACAAAACUUCAAGACAUGAUAGCAGAUCUGGGCGAUGAUGAGAUACCCCACAUCCCUUCAGGAAUCAUUAAUCAAUCUAGGUCACCCUCUUCUAGAAUGACUGAUCAUGAAGGUGCAAGAGCAGAGGAAGCUGAGCCAAUAACGUUUCCAUCUGGAGGAGGCAAGUCAUUUAUUAUGGGUUCUGAUGAUGUUUUGUUAAGUGUACUGGGCCUUGGAGACCUUGCAGACUUGACAGUAACAAAUGAUGCAGACUAUAGUUAUGAUCUGCCAGCUAAUAAAGAUGCCUUCCGGAAGACAUGGAACCCUAAGUAUACGCUACGCAGUCAUUUUGAUGGAGUGCGGGCAUUAGCUUUUCAUCCUGUAGAGCCUGUGCUGGUUACAGCCUCUGAGGACCAUACUCUAAAACUUUGGAAUUUGCAGAAAACGGUUCCUGCCAAAAAGAGUGCCUCUUUAGAUGUAGAACCUAUCUACACAUUUAGGGCCCACAUUGGACCUGUAUUGUCAUUGGCAAUUAGUUCUAAUGGAGAACAAUGUUUCAGUGGUGGUAUUGAUGCAACCAUCCAGUGGUGGAACAUGCCUAGCCCUAACGUGGACCCAUAUGACACCUACGAGCCAAACGUUCUAGCUGGCACACUAGUUGCUCACACAGAUGCAGUCUGGGGUCUUGCUUACAGUGGUGUAAAGAAUCACUUACUAUCUUGUUCAGCAGAUGGCACUAUUAGAUUAUGGAACCCACCAGAAAAAAUGCCCUGUAUUUGCACUUACAAUGGAGAGAAAGAGCAUGGAAUACCUACAUCAGUUGACUUCAUAGGUUGUGAUCCUGCUCAUAUGGUGGCAUCUUUUAACACUGGCAGCACAGUCAUCUAUGAUUUAGAAACAUCUCAGUCAGUGGUAAUGCUUUCAUCCCAAGUAGAAUCUGGUGUACAAUCAAAUAAUCACAUUAACAAGGUAGUAAGUCAUCCCACACUUCCUGUUACUAUUACAGCUCAUGAAGACAGACACAUCAAAUUUUUUGACAACAAAACGGGUAAAAUGAUCCAUUCUAUGGUUGCUCACUUGGAUGCUGUCACGAGUCUAGCUGUAGAUCCUAAUGGAAUCUAUUUAAUGUCUGGAAGCCAUGAUUGUUCCAUUAGAUUAUGGAAUUUGGACAGCAAGACAUGUGUGCAAGAAAUAACAGCUCAUAGGAAAAAGCUGGAUGAAUCAAUUUAUGAUGUAGCAUUUCAUCCAUCAAAAGCAUAUAUUGCCAGUGCAGGAGCUGAUGCCCUUGCCAAAGUAUUUGUGUGACACAGCAGAACAAACCUGCAUCAUAACAGCAGGUCUGUUUGGACAAAAAAGAGGGAACGCGUCACUGCCAUCAAUAAGGUUACCAAUAAGACACUACAUCUGAUCUGCCUGAGUGAAGGCUCUUGAGUGGGGCAGGUUUCAGUUGGUGAAAAGUCACCACAUCUUGAACAAUGUCAGGCUCAUUCAUUUAACUGUAAUUACUGUAUUUGGGGGGUGGGGAGAAGUAAAAAAGGAAAACCAGUAUUUGUAGCCUUGACUGGAUAUGAACUGAGCGUAUGUCUGUUCUUUAGGUGUCUUUAAGCAAACGUGGAGUCUGAUCUUACAAAAGACUUUUAUUUUGGACUCUGUGUGCUGCCUUAGGGUUAGGAAUGUGGUGCUCUUGUGGGGGGAAGUGAGCUCCAAGAGUAGCUUUCUUUUCAUCUCUUAGUAAUCUUCUGUUUAUCAGUUGAAUGCCACAGAUUCCCCUUUUAAACUUUUAUUUUGCUUUAAAGAAAAGGAAAUUUAACUUAAAAUAUUUUAGCAUUAGUUGCACAAAAUGUUUGGAUAAAAUUCUAGUUUUUAUAAGUCUUUUUAUAUAUUUAGCCUGUCACAACAGUGCUCAAGAUUGUAUUGAUAAUGUUUUUCUGCAUUAUAGAACCCUAAAACACAGAGAACUCACUGACCCGCUGCCGUGUAACCACACUCUUCCCUUCUUUUGCCUAAUACAGCUCAGCUAAGUCCUUGCAUAAGGAUGCUAAUUCUUCAUCAUCGCAUAACUGUCUUCAUAAAUAAAGGACUGUAAAAUGUGUUUAAAUGAAACACAGAGGGGUUAACACCCCCCGAUGAACUCUUAAAAAAAAAAAAAUAUAUUAAUCUUGGCAUCCUAUCACUAUGUGAUAUUUUGUACAUCUUACUGUAUUUACGAGUUUAUUUAUCAAGGAUUACCCAUCUUGCUAAUGGCCUAUUGUUAUUUAUUUCACUUUUUGUUGGUCUUUAUAUCCUUUUAUGUAGUGUGUUAAAGGGCCCUGUAUAUCUAUUAUGGCACUCUUUGAACAGUCUAAAAUAGAUAAGAAAAUGGGACAUUUCAUGAUUCUAAAGUUGCAAACCAAGAUAUUUUUUUUUUCCUUUGGUUAAGUAUUUGAAGUGGAGUGGAUUCCAAAAACCAAUCUUGUUUCAGAACUUUUGGAGUGAAAAAAUUUUUUUGCGUUUCAAAUAGAAUACAAAAGUAGUUGAUUCAAGAUUCAUAAAUCUGCUGUGUUUUGGCUAGUUAUUCCCUGCUUUUAUUUUAUUUUUGGAUGUGCUUCAGUUUAUGGUGUAACUAAACAUUUUGUUUGUGUAAUGCAUGAUUAAUACAAUAAAGUAUUUUUUCUAGUCUUCCACAAAACUUUUCUGAUCAGUUUGCGAGUUUUGAUGAGUUUUGUAAGGUUUCUGUUUUACAAACUAUGAAUCAGCAAAUUUUUAAGAUUGUACCACAUAGCAGAAGUACAGCUGUUGAAAAAUAAUGUAUAUAAAAUGCAUAUAAUAAAUAUUAAAUGGUGUACCUGUA